AUGGACAAACCUGCCGAGAUUCAAUGGGAUGCAUUUGCAGGGUCAAAGUACAACGUGGCAGCAAAGUUCUGCCAGGAAGUCGACGCCCUGGCUUCACAAGCGCUUUCAUGGGUUGUCGACAUAAGUGGCAACAAUCAGGAAGCCAAGCUGCAGGCCCGAACUCCGCCAGUCACACUCGACCCGUACAAGGGCUAUAUCGUGAAUCUCGAUUGGAAACCAAACAUGGUAUUUGACGCAGGCUCUUGCCAGAAAAGCUGCCUAGACGCAUUCAAGACAGUUGCGAACACAUGCGGGCACACGGGAGGCGAAGGCAAUGUCAUGGCCGAAAAAGGCCAAUACGAUGCUGGUUGCGGGACGUACUCAUACCAUAUCACCAACACAGCCCCUCGCAAAGGCGAACUGCGUUGCAACAGCGAGGGCGACUUUCCGAAGCACAAAGAUGUUCACGAAGUGACAGUCAAGCAGGGACUCAAGGCUAUGUGUAAUGAGGUCUUACCUGAUGUUAUGACACCCGGACAUGAGGCAAUAACCCGGAUCUACUACUCGAAGUAUUUCGAUGCCGCGAAGUUGAAGUAUACCGUGGCCUGGAGAAAACAGUGCUCGCCUGCCGUAACGGAGCAGAAUCCCAAGGAACCUUGGGGUGGGGGUACAAUUGGAUGUCGCCAAUUAUUCUACCAACUUUGGACCGAUUGUAAGUUCGCGACUGCCGCGGGAUCUUAUCAUGUACCAAACGGGUGGCCUUUAUGUCAUUUCUAA